UGGAGUAAGCGCAGUUUGUAAACAAUUUUCAACCAGCUUCAUCGUCGCGGUGCUGUUGUGUGUUGCUGCUGAUCAACAGUCACAAAUCAGCACGGGCUACCAAAUGAAUUGCACUGGAGAGAGAGAAAGAUCAGUGUGAAAAUAUUGGACACGUCGCGGAUGUACUCCAGUUAUUUUACGAUAUCAGAGUUUGUGCGUGUUGGGUGAGAUAAAACACCAUUGAUUACGUCGUAUUGGCGGAUUGAUACCAUUAUCGGAGAGGUGCGAUAGCUGGCCGAAUGGGUUUUGGUAUUAAGGUGUACUUUAUGAGCUCAUAAUUUCACCAACUGGCACAGAGUGUUGGGAAAUAAUUGCAAAUAUAGCAGUAAAAUAAAGGCCCCUCUUUUGCCAAAAUGGAUGAGACCGUGAUGUUAGUUUUGCUGGUGAUUGUCAUGCUGGUGGGCUCUUACCUUGCCGGAAACAUUCCCCUUAUCGUGACACUAUCCGAGGAAAAACUUAAAAACGUUUCAAUUUUCGGAGCUGGUUUGCUCGUGGGGACGGCACUCACAGUCAUCAUCCCGGAGGGAAUCCGUUCGUUGUAUGACGAAAGUCAACUCGAAGCCGUAGUGGUGCAAACAUCUGGAUCGCCGAUCCACAAGCAUGAUGCAGACGAGCAUUCUUCCACGAUUGGUUUGUCUUUGGUGCUGGGCUUCGUAUUUAUGAUGCUGGUGGAUCAAGUUUCCUCCCGCCGGAAGGAGGGUUCGAAUGAGCGAAAUUUAACGGCCACAAUCGGUUUGGUUGUCCACGCUGCGGCCGAUGGAGUAGCACUUGGUGCAGCAGCCACCACCAGUCACUCGGAUGUGGAAAUCAUCGUGUUUCUGGCGAUCAUGCUGCACAAAGCACCAGCAGCCUUUGGGCUUGUUAGUUUUCUACUUCACGAGGGCAUCGAACGACAGCGGAUACGGAAGCAUUUGCUGAUUUUUUCCCUUUCUGCGCCCCUGUUAACCCUGCUAACAUAUUUCGGCAUCGGUAACGAACAGAAGGAAACGCUGGAAUCGCUGAAUGCAACUGGAAUUGCCAUGCUCUUUUCCGCCGGAACAUUCCUAUAUGUCGCAACGGUGCAUGUACUGCCUGAGCUGACCCAUAAUACCGGUCACGGUAGCCAUCGAGGACACCACGAUUACAAUCUUCUCGAGCAGCAGCAACCGGGAGGAUCUGGUGCCAAAUUAAGUUCUUCAAAGGGAGCAAAUGGACUCCAAAAUUACGAACUUGCUCUGCUGAUUCUAGGUGCGCUGGCGCCCAUCUUUCUCACCAUGGGACAUCAUCACUAAUUGAGGCAAGGGAAGGGAAGAAAAUUGCAAUAAUUACAGAUAUCAUUGCCAAAUUUUGUUCAUCGAUGUAUCAAUCUAGGAAGGAUAAUAAAAAAAGAGGACACGAAUA